AUGACGAAGAUUUAUCAGUUGUUAAACAGAAAAGCCAAAACCAGUCAAGAGAUUCACAAGUGAAAAAUAAGGAAAAGGAAAAGGUGCCCGAGUUAAUUAUUUCGCAGCCCAAGAACGUUGAAAAAAAUGCAAUUGGGAUGAAGGCAGAAAUUGCUGGAUUGGUUCAAGAUCCCAUGAAUUCAAUCAGCUUGAUGAAAUCGCCUGUUACAUUCAAUGGUCGACAAAGCGAGGCAGAAAGAGUAAGAUUGAACACAAGAUUCAAUAAAUUUAAGGAUGCUUUGCAAAGUCCUAAUGUUGAUUUAGCCGCACUAAGAAAACUCAGUUGGUCCGGUAUACCAGAUGAAUUGCGGCCAAUGGCGUGGCAAUUGCUUCUC